CCCUACUCUGAAUCACAAAUCAUCGCCUUGAUCACAGAAUACUACCAUCUUCUCUUCUCACUGAACUACCUACUCCCUAAAGAUAUAGACUUCCCUCCACCUGUAGGCAGAGAGAUUGACCAGACGCUGUGUCAAUCAUUGAACCUAACUCCAGAGGUCAUAUCACUCAUGCAACAUAUACCAUGUCCUUGCUCCGAAGGACUAAUGCUCGAACAUGAAUUACUUAUCCCUCAAAGCCAUGCAAAUUGUUUCGUCGAUGCAAAACUCGUGAAACUAGGCAGGGAUCCGGAAGUUGGUGAGAAUGAAUGGUUUUUGAAGGCGACGGAUGUUGCGUUGAGUGUUAUGGGAGAUGAGGGACAAUACCUCGUUUUGGAUACUGAGAAAAAUACGUUGAGGGUUUGUACUUGGGAGGGACCGAAAAGCCCUGAAGAUGAAGAUGAAGCGGGUCUAUGUCAUGACUUCAAUCCGGAUUCUCCAGACGAUCAUUAUACGCGUUUUCCGGUUCAUGAUCCUGUUGAGUAUUUGCAAUUGAUUAUCGACAAGACCCGCAGCUUGGAAUGGCUACCGAUGAGGCUCCACAGUAUGGGAUCCAUCUUGACUGCCGGACCGAUAUAUUCGGAGACGAAAAGAGUUUUGAACGAAGAGUACGGAUGGCCGGACAACUUCAAAAGUGAAGAAUGGAAACGGGAUCGCAAGAGGAUC